UUUCUCGCUCAUUCCCUCUUUCUUUCCCUCAUUUUUUCAAUUUUGCUGCUCUCUCUUCCCUUUUUUUCUCUGCUACACUUGUGUUGUGCAUCUUGACACUCUCUCCAGCAACAACAAACCAUGAACGCCUCCAUCAUUGAUCCAUUGCAGGGCGAUUUCCCAGAAGUGAUAGAGGAGUAUUUGGAACAUGGCUGUAUGAAAUGCAUUGCCUUCAAUCGCCGUGGCACCCUUCUUGCUGCUGGAUGCAAUGAUGGAAGUUGUGUUAUUUGGGAUUUUGAAACCCGAGGCAUUGCUAAAAUUCUGCGUGAUGAUGAAUGUUCUUCUCCCAUAACCAGCAUUUGCUGGUCAAAGUAUGGUCAUCGAAUUCUUGUAUCUGCUGCUGAUAAAUCAUUGUUAUUGUGGGAUGUUAUGAGUGGUAAGAAAAUAACGCGGAUAGUUCUGCAACAAACCCCUCUACAAGCUCGUCUUCAUCCAGGAUCCUCGACCCCGUCUCUCUGCUUAGCAUGUCCUCUUUCAUGUGCUCCAAUGAUUGUUGACCUGAAUACAGGAGACACAACUUUACUUAAAGUUUCUGUCUCAGAGACAUGCAAUGGACCAACCCCUCCUUCACGUAAUAAAUGUUCUGAUGGAAUUACCUCCUUCACACCAACUGCUGCUUGUUUUAAUAAGUAUGGGACUCUGGUUUAUGUGGGAAACUCAAAAGGGGAAAUUCUUGUCAUUGAUUACAAAAAUGGUGACGUGCGUGCUGUAGUUCCGAUCUCUGGUGGUUCUGUUGUAAAGAACAUUGUGUUCAGCAGGAAUGGGCAGUAUCUGCUCACGAAUUCAAAUGAUCGAAUAAUACGAAUCUAUGAAAACCUUCUGCCUCUGAAAGAUGAAGUCAGAGCCCUUGAUGACCUGAGUGGGAGCCACAACGAUCUAAAUAAUAUUGAGAAUUUGAAGGCUGUUGGAUCAAAAUGUUUAACUUUAUUCCGGGAAUUUCAAGAUUCCAUCACAAAGGUACACUGGAAAGCACCUUGUUUCAGUGGUGAUGGUGAGUGGGUAGUUGGUGGUUCUGCUAGCAAAGGUGAGCACAAGAUUUACAUAUGGGAUAGAGCUGGACAUCUUGUGAAAAUCCUGGAAGGACCUAAGGAAGCUCUGAUAGAUUUAGCAUGGCAUCCUGUGCAUCCUAUUGUUGUAUCUGUUUCGCUGAAUGGUUUAGUUUAUAUAUGGGCAAAAGAUUAUACUGAGAACUGGAGUGCAUUUGCUCCUGAUUUCAAGGAGCUUGAGGAAAAUGAGGAAUAUGUAGAGCGUGAAGAUGAAUUUGAUCUGAUUCCUGAGACUGAGAAGGUUAAAGGACCUGAUGUUGAUGAAGAUGAGGAAGUUGACAUUGUAACCGUGGAGAAAGAUGCCACUUUCAGUGAUUCUGAUAUGUCUCAAGAAGAGUUAUGUUACUUGCCAUCAACCCCUAGUCACGAUGUUCCUGAGCAGCAAGAGAAGUGUGUAGAAAGUUCUUCGAAGUUGUUGGACAGCAAUAACACUGGAUCCCCUCUUUCAGAAGAAGCUGGACCAAAUGGACAUAUGAUGAAUCAUGCAUCAAGUCCUCUUGAAGAUGAUGCUGGGCGCAUGAAAAGAAAGCGGAAACCUUCAGAGAAGGUGUUGGAAUUACAAGCAGAAAAAGUUAAGAAACCUUCAAAAUCUAGCAAAUCGGAAAAACCUAAGAGCAAAUCUUUGGCCGAUCAAGAUAAUGGUUAUGGAUAAUGAUGAAUGUUCGUCUAACAUGAGAGUUUAGAUAUAUAUAUGGACUACUUGGAUAUUCCAAAUAAAGAAGCCUCAAUCAAGAUGGAGAGUAAGCUAAUGGUGAUGGUAGUGUUACCCUGUUGAUGAUUUGUAGAUUCAUAAUUAUGAUGAUGACCUUAAUGGAGAUGGAGAGAUGCCAUGGAUAAUGAAGGGUAUGAAGAUCAUAUGGAAGAUGAUUAUUAUGAUUUGAGCUUGAAUGAUUUGCUGGAGUAAAAUGAUCUAGAGUUGGAUUGUUUUGCUUUUGCUUUUGCUAUUUUGAGUAGUGAUCAAAACUUGUACUUUAGAAGUUAUGAAUUUUAGACUUUCAAGUUGUAUGGGAGCUUUUAUGUGUUUUCAUGGAAAGUUUACUUAAAAAUGUUGGUAGUGAUUUUGAAGUUAUUUGAAUGUGUUCAUAAAUUUUUAAACUAAGAUCUCACUAUUUGUAUUUCGAUUAUUCGAUGUAUGUGUUCUUCAGUUGUCGAUUUUAAGUAGUCUUAAUUUCAACUACUUUGGGGUGUAUGUUGUUAAUAAUGGUCCAAAACUGUUUAAUGUAUAAAUGAAGGUGUUCCGGUUUAGAGUAUUGUGAAA